AUGGGUUCACCAAUGCCGAAAAAUGAUAUAAAUUAUGAUAUUAAGAAAAAAUUGUUCAGAUUUGCCAUGAAAAGUAACUGGGACGACGUUAUUAACAUAUACCAGAGUCAUCCAAAUGUUCACAUGGAGAAGAUCACCAAGUCAGAGCAGACAGCAUUACACAUCGCUGUUUCUGAUGUCCAAGAACAAAAGGUUGCAAAGCUUGUGGAUAUUAUCAUUAAACACCCAACCAAAACGGAUGAAUCAACAAUAGCUGAUCAUCAUAAGACUACAGCUUCAAAAAUAGACAAGGCUGAAGCAAGAUUUCCAGCAUUGGCAGUUGAAGAUGACAGAGGGAACACCCCUCUUCAUAUUGCAGCUUCGCUGGGGAGUGCAAAGAUGUGCGAAUGCAUAGCUUGGGCGAACAAGGACUCAUCAUUAGAGUUGAUUGGUGCUCGUAACCAUGACGGUGAGACUCCUUUCUUCUUGGCUGCUCUUCAUGGUCACAAAGACGCCUUCCUUCGACUCCAUUCUAUUAUUAUUUCCAAUCCAAAUAGCUCAGGCUAUGAGUAUUGUAGAAAAAAACGACGGCGAUACAAUUCUUCACUCUGCCAUCUCUGGAGACUACUUCGGGAUUGGACACGUGGAAUCACUAUAGCUUCUGACUGGUCUGACACACACCCACUGUCUAACAGAAGCAUGUCGCCCCUAUCAUUGUAUGACGUGGCUACCUCAGCUAACUGGAUGCGGGCCUAA